AUGAUAUUGCCAGAACUGUAUAGUCCAAAAUGUGGUCGUUUUGACAUUGUCGGGCCCGUAUCUCAGCUAGAAAAUGGCAGACAUCAUCUGUUUGAAGAGGAGUGGUAUUCACUUGACGUAUUUGUUUUCCAUUGUACCGAGAAGAUCGUAAGUGGAGUUGUUAAGCUACGGAACAAACCUAAGGUAUCAUUGUGCAACAAAAAAGUUGCUUAUACUACUGGCGUAUAUUUGCCUUACGAUUAUACUGGAAGAGUGCAAUUUCGGGGCGGAUGUGGGGUUUACUGGUCGAAAGAUAGUCCAAAUAAUCUGGCUUUUCGUAUGACUCUUUACCCUUUAACGUCUCAUCGUUGCUUUUUGAAUGCGAUACUUCUAGCACUUCAGACGGCAAUUGGACAGGGUUACGAGAAAAUCGUAGUGAAUACUAAUUUCAAGCUGUUUGAAGAAAAAUAUAGGACAUAUUUGGAACAGAAGGAUUCUCAGAAAAUCUCUUCCUUAACAAACAUUUUUUUAUAUGAAAAGAUAUACCAGUUGCAGAAACAACUGAAGGUUGUGAAAUAUCAAUAUGUUCAUGAGACAGAAAGUAACAUGAAAGAAGCUGUUUUAUUGGCUGAGAGAGGAACGAUGUUACCUAAACGUUUCACAUUGGAUUUGGAAUCAAACAUCGUUGACAGAGACAUGAAAGAAGCUGCUUUAUUGGCUGAGAAAGGAACAAUGUUACCUAAACGUUUCACAUUGGAUUUGGAAUCAAACAUCGUUGACAGAGAUAAGGGCGUUGACUCAAACAACGCUUUAAAAACUCGGGAUUUGGAAAAUUGCACAGUGAGAGUACGUAUUUGUAGUGCGAGGGAUUCUAAAGAUACCCUUAGGUAUUGUUGUGUUUGGGAAGAGUGUUCGGGUACCCUGAAACCAAAUCUUAUGGAUUUUGUAUCGGGGCCCUAUACGCAGAAUCUUUGUCGAACUGUGAUACAGGCGGUAAAGACUGGAAAAAAAAGUGUUGUUAUACGAAUCAGGUCAAAACAGUUUCUCAAACAAGUGGUUUAUUAUUUACCCAAAUGGCGGAAAAGUAAUUGGUUAACUGUGGAAAAAAAUCCUUUAAAAUAUUCAGAAGAAUGGAAGGAAUUGGACAGGUUACUCAAAUUGGUUCAGACAGAUUGGGAGUACAGCGACAUUAAUGAAGAAAAACAUGAUGUGCGGAAGUUAGAUGAAGAAGCUGAUAAAAUGUUGAUCACUUUACUUACAGGGGACAGUUGUAACUAA